CUGUACCUUCCAAGCCGGUAGAUCUUUUGUAAUUUGUAAAUAAAUUUUAUUUUUUUAAUAUUUCUUGCAAUAUGCUGUCAGGUAUGGAGAUCUUGGACAACAGAAAUGUCGAGGAAAUGAACAAGAAUAUAAAGAAUUUAAACCUCAAAGAGUCGAAAGAUAAGAAAAAUGCCCCUCACAAGGUGAAUAUCCAAGAUGAACCAUUGUUAAGAGAUAACCCAAGGAGAUUUGUCAUUCUACCAAUUCAGUUUCAAGAUAUUUGGCAAAUGUACAAGAAAGCUGAAGCAUCUUUUUGGACUGCUGAAGAAGUUGACUUAUCAAAAGAUCUGAUUCAUUGGGAAGGACUGAAGGACGAAGAGAGGCAUUUCAUUUCCCAUAUUUUGGCUUUCUUUGCUGCAAGUGAUGGCAUUGUGAAUGAAAAUCUGGUCGAGUGUUUCUCACAAGAAGUCCAAGUUCCUGAAGCAAGAUGUUUUUAUGGCUUUCAAAUUGCUAUGGAGAAUAUCCACUCAGAGAUGUACAGCCUGUUGAUUGAUACUUACAUCAAGGAACCAAAGGAACGUGAAAGAUUAUUCAAUGCCAUUGAGCACCUUCCCUGUGUCAAGAAGAAGGCAGACUGGGCUUUAUCCUGGAUUAAUCCAGAUAGGGCAUCUUUUGGUGAGCGCAUUGUUGCAUUUGCUGCAGUCGAAGGAAUCUUUUUCUCUGGAUCAUUUGCCUCAAUAUUUUGGUUGAAGAAACGAGGCUUGAUGCCAGGAUUAACAUUCUCUAACGAGCUUAUUAGCAGAGACGAGGGAUUGCAUUGUGAUUUUGCUUGUUUGAUGUACAAACAUUUAAAGAACAAACCAUCGGAACAAAGAGUGAAGAAAAUCAUUAUGGAUGCUGUCAAAAUAGAACAAGAGUUUCUCACAGAUGCUUUGCCUGUCAGGUUAAUUGGAAUGAAUGAUGAGCUGAUGAAAACAUACAUCGAAUUUGUUGCAGACAGGUUGCUGUUUGCCCUCGGCUAUUCAAAGGUCUACAAGUCUGAGAACCCAUUUGAUUUCAUGGAACUCAUCUCCCUUUCUGGAAAAACGAACUUUUUUGAGAAACGCGUUGGUGAAUACCAGAAGAGUGGUGUCAUGGCAAGCACACAGCAGACCUCCUCGCAUAAACUGGAGUUUGAUUUGAACUUCUAAAAAGGAUGCCUGGUUGCAAACCGUUUGUUGUUUAGAGUUUAUUUUGUGGCUUGGAAUAAAAAACAUAGUUUGUACAUAUAUACUUUUUGUAACAUAGUUUUGGAAGACAGACAUUUUGUAAAUUAUUUUUUCAAUCCAUAAACCUUACACGUUUUUAGGGAUACUUUUUGAAAUAUAUUCUAGGUAGUUAUAAUUCUUCUUUUCUAUUAAAAAAAUUAAAAUAGGUUAAUAUUGAUAUUUUUUAAUCCAUUUGUUCAUUUUUAUAUUUUCCUUCAUAAUAGAAGAGACCGUGAAAUUUGA